UGAUCAGCAGUUCCCAAUGGGCACUUAUGACCUGUCUCAUUCAGCGUUAACCCUCAACUGAACGACGCGGUAAAUCUUCGAGCCACACUCUCCCAAAGAUGGCUGACACGAACCAACGGAACACUCCUCCCCCAAUGGGACCUGUGCAAUUUUUAAUGAGCAACAAGCUGGAAACUGCAAUGUGGUUGUCACGCCUCUUCACUGUCUAUUGCUCAGUCAUAUUUAUUCUUCCAUUCUUGGGACCCUAUGCAGUAGCUAACUUCUAUCAGCGGGCUUUGUUAGCAAAUGCUCUCACCAGUGCUCUUCGCUUACACCAGAGGCUUCCACGUUUCCAGUUGAACAGAGCGUUCCUGGCCCAGGCUCUUCAGGAGGACAGCUGCCAUUACCUGCUUUACUCACUCAUCCUGGUUAACUCCUACCCCAUCACAAUGAGCAUCUUUCCAGUCUUCCUCUUCUCUUUGCUUCAUGCAACGACCUACACAAAGAAAGUCCUUGACUCCAUGGGCCCCAACAGCCUGAUGUUCAUCAGAAACCUCCUGGACAAACUCACUGCUAAUCAGCAGAACAUCCUCAAGUUCAUCGCCUGCAAUGAGAUUUUUUUGAUGCCAGCCACCGUUUUCAUGCUGUUCAGUGGCCAGGGAAGCUUGUUGCUGCCUUUCAUUUAUUAUCGGUUCCUUACACUCCGCUACGCAUCGAGAAGAAAUCCAUACUGUCGCACCCUUUUCACAGAACUUCGAAUUCUUCUGGAGCACUUCAUCAUGAGGCCUGCCUGUCCUGACUUUUUUCGGAGAAUGUGCCUCAGCAGUAUUGCCUUCAUCAGCCGCCUUGCACCCACAGAAGUCUGAGUUCACUUUUUUGGGAGGUGGGGGCACUGAUUGAGGAGCGACAUAAACUGUGAUAUGGACUGACAGUCAUCAGAAAGAAUGGCAUUUUGACUGUCAACCACUGAAUCUGUGUAUCUUCUUCAUCCUAUAUUUGAAUACAGAAGACGACCAGUAACACCCAUCC